AGAAUCUUGAAUCGAAAAACUGUGCAGCCGCUAUACAGCAGCUGCAAUGAUGCUCACUGCGAGCGACCCCCUCCUCUCUUCUGGUCAAGACACUCUGCAGUCUAUACUACAUAAAUCCAAUGAAAAUGCAUCAUGUUCCUCUUCAGGUCCUUCAGGUAUCAUUUGUACUCAGAGAAAGACCUUGUGGCUUCAUCGUUGCCAGACCAAAACGACGGUCAUGAUAGUCUCAAACGAAACUACCUGAGGCUCUUACCACCCGCUCGAGUCAUUGAGAUCUGUUUGACUUUUGAACCUCACGUACCGAUCUAUGUGAAGAACGCGAUAUGGCCGGCGGAUCUGAACGCUGCUAUUGUGGCAUUACAACUCCAAAAACCCUUUGAGCCCCAGAGCAAUGAAGAUGCAGAACUUUGUUAUCCUCCGGAAGACUCUUCCCAAGUACUGCCGACUUCAAAAAAUACUUCUGAUGAAGAUGCUUCUCGGCAAGCAAACGCUCCGGAAACCAGGCCGUUAACAUCGGAAGUCGCGCAAGAUGAGGUACCAAGUCCUACAAAAGAUCUUCCGAUAGACUUGACUCUUGAGCCGCCGACAGCUUCAACUGAAGCCAGUCAAACGGAUCGCGUAGCUUCUGCGCAGCAGACUCUUCAAAAAGUGCUGGAAGAACUUUCUCGCUCUGCUACACCUGCACAACCUUCUGCUGCUGCUGCCUCUUCGCCACCUCCGUCUUCCACACAAAACAAUAUCACGCCUGUCCCUUCGACGUCUGAGAAUGCUUCGCAAUCUCAACAACCUCAUGCGUCUACGUCUCAGACUACAACACAAUCAUCAACUCCCCAACCUUCCAGUUCUUCACAUCCUACCACCCCACAUCCCACACAUCCACAUGCACACCAGGCACCUUAUGCUUACCAUCCAUACGGGUAUCCAAUUCCUGGACAUGCGCAACAACCACCGUACCCUCACACACCAUACUAUGGUGCACCACCAGGUUAUGCGACCCCUUACCCAGGAUACCCACCUUAUCCUCCACCUUUAUCGGGGUACCCAGCGCACCCUAUGUCUGCCGCUGCUUCUAUGUAUGCUGCACGUCCGCCUAUAGCACAUAUGCAUCCUCCUCAUCCUACCCAUCCACCGCCUGCUGCUAUGCCUGCACCACCGCCACCGCCGCCGUCGGGUGAUGACUUGCCGAGUUAUGAGGAUAUGAUUGUGGAGGCGUUGUUGGAUAUCGUGGACCCGGAUGGGGCGGCUCCGAGGGAUUUGUUCAAUUGGAUGGAGGCGAGAUAUCCGUUGCAGACGAAUUUUAGGCCGUCGGCGAGUCAGGCAUUGCAGAAAGCGUUCAAGAGAGGGAGGUUGGAGAAAAGGGCUGGUGGGAAGUAUAGGUUGAAUGCGUCUUGGGAAGGUGGAACUACUUCCCGGCGUACGACGCGAAGACCGCAAACUCUUGCUCAAACAAAUUACAACCUUCACCAUUCACCGCAACAACCCUCAUCACCGUUCACAAAUGCGCCACUAGCUCGAGGCUCUCGUGCAAGCAGUGCCACUCCAAUGGCUACAGCAGGUGGUCAACAUAUACCUUAUGGGUCUUAUCCGUACGGUUACCCUGCAGCCGGGUAUGGUAGCUACCCCGGUUACCCAGCUUAUCAAGCUCAAAUGGCAAGCAAGGCUCCCUUGUCAAGUGCCAUUUCUACGGCAGCGUCUGCAUCGAACGCAAACAAAACUGCCAAGGAACCCGCUCAGGCGGAAAAGGCCUCUGAGGAAGAUACUUCUGGUGCAGAACGUGGUGAUGCGUGGGAAGCAGCUCAACAUAUCUUGAACGUUAUCAACUUCAACUCGUUACAAGCACAAGAAAACCAACCGUCAACGUCUGGUGAUGCAACUGCUGCGUCUACCAGUGCUUCGGCUGGGUUGAAUGCAAGUCUCAACGCAAACAUUACUUCGACGGCUCUUUCCGAUGAACAUAGAGCUUCGUUACAAGCCCAGCUUGCGUUACUCGCGGCACAACUUACUGAGCUGGCAGAAAUGGAUGAAGAGGAGGAACCCGUCGAGGUUCAACCCGCCGCUGCACUUGUUCCAGAGCCAGCGCCGAGUAUGGGUAUUACCCUUCCUGCGUUUCCGGACGACGCUCAUGUUAUGAUUGACGUCAAUCACUUCCCCGAAGAGGUCCAGCAUGCAUCUCAUAUGCAGGCUCAUGCAGGUUCAGAUGACGAGAAUUCGGACGCGGAUAUGGAGAUGGUUGAGGUCCCCGUAAUGGCCGCCUUGAAGGCUUGAGCUUGAGGCCUGAGGGAAGAUACCACUUUUUGUCAUGUCGGUCGCGUUAUGUAGUUUGUCUUUGCUUUCGUGUUACCUUUGUUAACUGCACUUUGCUUGCUCGUCGCAUCUAUAUAUCUAUAUAUGCUGCUGCUGC